GAGCCUCCCGGUCCCGCCGUUAUAUUAAAAGCCCCGUUCUCUCGCUCUCUUUGCUGCUGUCACAUCGCCAAGUCACAAAAAUGACGUCUUACACAGACAAGGGAGAAAAGCCCCAACGAGGCCGCUUCAUCCAUUUCCACUCCAUCACCUUCUGGGUCGGCAAUGCCAAGCAGGCUGCAUCCUACUACUGUAACAAGCUGGGGUUUGAGGAGCUGGCGUACCGGGGGCUGGAGACUGGCAGCAGGGAGGUGGUGUCACACGUCAUCAAGCAGGACAAGAUUGUGUUUGUUUUCUCGUCUGCUCUGAACCCAGGCAAUGAGGAGAUGGGGGAGCACCUGGUGAAGCAUGGUGAUGGGGUGAAGGACGUCGCCUUCGAAGUGGAGGACUGUGACUUCAUCGUGCAGAAAGCCAAGGAGCGUGGGGCUGUGGUGGUGAAGGAGCCGUGGGUGGAGCAAGAUAAAUUUGGGAAGGUGAAGUUUGCAGUGAUCCAGACGUACGGUGACACCACCCACACCUUGAUAGAAAAGCUCAACUACAAGGGCCUGUUCCUCCCAGGGUACCAACCGCCCCUCUUCAAGGACCCCCUGCUGCCCAAGUUACCGAGCACCAAGCUCAGCUUUGUUGAUCACGUUGUGGGGAACCAGCCCGACCUCCAGAUGGUCCCAGUGGCGGACUGGUACCAGAAGAACCUGUUCUUCCACCGCUUCUGGUCAGUGGAUGACAAGCAGCUGCACACCGAGUUCAGUGCCCUGCGCUCCAUCGUGGUCACCAACUACGAGGAGACCAUCAAGAUGCCCAUCAAUGAGCCAGCACCUGGCAAGAAGAAAUCCCAGAUUCAGGAAUAUAUUGAUUACUACGGAGGGGCCGGAGUCCAGCACAUCGCACUGAACACCCCCGACAUCAUCUCAGCAAUCACCAACCUGAAGCAGCGGGGCAUGCAGUUCAUGGAUGUGCCCUCCACCUACUACCAAGUGCUGCGGGAGAGGCUCAAAACGGCCAAAAUCAAAGUGAAGGAGAACAUUGACAAGCUGGCGGAACUGAAAAUCCUGGUGGAUUUCGAUGAAAAAGGCUACUUGCUCCAGAUCUUCACCAAACCAGUUCAAGACAGACCCACGGUCUUUUUGGAGGUGAUCCAGAGGCACAAUCACCAGGGCUUUGGUGCCGGGAACUUCAAGUCUCUGUUUGAAGCCAUAGAAAUGGAUCAGGAUGCCAGAGGAAACCUGACUGUCCUGGAGCCCAACGGGGAGACCAAGUUCAUGUAGAGGAUGGCAGGAAGUGCCACCCUCACCCCUAAGGAGCUGAUUCCAAAUAAACUGGGAAACACCCGAUGUUUUGGUAAAUAGCCCAGACUUGAGUGCCACAAACCCAGGGAAGCCACUGCCAAGUUGGACAAUGUCAAAGGACCCAACACCUCUCCCAACCCAGCCCCGGCGCUGCCCUUCCUGGGAGAUGGGGUGUGGGAAAUAGCAAACACACUCUCAGAAAGCAGCUUAGUCUGAUCCAAAUCACGGAAUUCUUAACAAAGGGCAGAUUUAAGGCAUGGGCCAAAGACAUGCAGCUACAGAGGAAGACAGAAGAAACAACUGGGAGUGCUCAAAUUUAGUCUAUCCAAAGUUUUAAUUUUAGCUACACAGGAAACUGUGAAAGCACAGAGGCGUUUGCCUCUCUGCGCAUCUCCUUUUCUAAGAUUUUGGUUUAAUUGCUUUUAGACUCAAUCUUGAAUUUCAAUUUGCUGAGAAUAAACACAGUUUUAGGGAAUGAGAA